UUGAGCUUUGAGGAAGUACUUUUUUGUAAUAUUACCACAACUUACAAAUCUUAAAUAUGACUGGUCGUGGAAAGGGAGGAAAAGGAUUGGGAAAAGGAGGAGCCAAGCGUCACAGGAAGGUUCUUCGUGAUAACAUCCAAGGUAUUACGAAACCUGCAAUUCGUCGUCUUGCUCGCCGAGGUGGUGUCAAACGUAUUUCUGGAUUGAUUUACGAAGAAACUCGUGGCGUGUUAAAAGUCUUUCUGGAAAACGUUAUUCGUGAUGCAGUCACGUACACAGAGCAUGCCAAGAGGAAAACCGUAACUGCUAUGGACGUCGUCUAUGCGCUUAAACGCCAGGGACGUACUCUUUAUGGAUUUGGAGGUUAAAUGGUGCAGUGGCGCAGAUACUUGUCAUCUUUUGACAAUGAUAACGGCCCUUCUUAGGGCCACUAUAUUUAUCUUAAUGUAAAGGAAUAAUAUCUCUGAUCAUAUUUUAUGUUAACCCUUUCGUUCCGAAAAACGGACAUUUUCGUCAUCUACAUAAAUACUCCCCUGAGCCGAACGUCGGAUAUUUCCGACAUUCAUAUGUCACCCUCUGGAGACGAACGUCGGAUGCAUACGACAUGCCGAUAAAAUCGAGACUUAAUUUUCGGACAACAUCACCUAAUGCGUGAAUCUUCUGACGAAACAAACGACACACCACUCAAAUUAUCUUUGUUCUACCUGCAUUUUCCUAUUUUUAUUGUUUAACAUGCUGUAAAGGGAUAGAAUAUCGAAAGUACUAACUGUUCGGUAUCAAAUCCUUUAUAGACCAUAAAUCUUAUAUUUUGUAAAUAAAAUAUCAUACAGAAACUAUCUUGUGUACUUGAAUACAAUAAAUUGAUGGGUGCUGUGGACAAGACCAACAUGGUCAUCAGCAUCAUACAUUCUGCAAGAAAAACGACAAAAUGGUACAAGAAAUAUUUUUUUCAUAUGAUUGACAUGUGUUUGUUGAACUCGUAUUGUUUAUAUAAAUUAAAAACUGGUAAAACACUAUCAAUUGCAAAAUUUCAAUUAAAAUUGAUGGACCAAAUUUUGAGAAAAUAUAAACAAUCUAGCAAUCAUUGUAUAAGACCCGGAAACAAUUACUCAGCACGACUCAACGAAAGUUAUUUUCCUUCUCCUUAUGAAAUUAACAGGAAAAUAAGGAUCGCGAAGGUGUGUCGUAUGUACAAAAAAACGAUAAGAGUGAGAAUGUACGUGCCAUCCGUGUUUCAGAUUAUACCAUACGGAAUUAAAUUAUUAACUACUUUAUAUUAUAUAUUAUGUUUUAUUUUACUACUGUA